AUGGCCUACCAACAACCGCCGUACAAGUUUGAACGCCUCGACAAAGACAAAGCUAUCCUCCUCAUCGUCGACCACCAACUGGGCCUGCUCCAACUCGUCAAGGACUACACCACGGCCGAGUUCCGCAACAAUGUCCUCGCUCACGCCGAAUUGGGCAAACUCUUCGAUCUGCCCACUAUCCUGACAACCUCGGCCGAGACCGGACCAAAUGGCCCCCUGCCCAAGGAAAUCACAGACAUGUACCCCAACGCCCCUUUCAUCCGGAGAAACGGUGAGGUCAACGCCUGGGACAAUCCGGAUUUCCGUGCCGCCGUCGAAGCCACGGGCCGCAAGCAGGUCAUCUUAGGCGGGAUCGUCACGGAGGUGUGCACCAUGUUUCUGGCGCUGAGUUUGAGGGAGGCGGGUUACUCGGUAUGGGCCAACACUGAAGCCAGCGGGACGGCGACGCCCAAGCUGGCCGAGGAUGCGAACCGGAGGAUGGAGAAUGCUGGUGUUCACUUGACCGGCAUGUUCGGCAUCUCCAUGUUCUUGAUGAAAGACUGGCGGAACACGCCUGGCACGGCCGAGGUGCUUCCAUUUUUGGACAAGUACUUCCCGGCCUAUGGCAUCGUCGCGCGAAGCCACGGCUCCGCGAAGAAAUACGGCGAUAUCGUCCCCGGCGAAGAUCAGCUGUUGUGA